AUGCGGUUCUUUCGACCCUCGUUCUUCAUUGGGGCUUCUGCUUCUGUUUACACUGCUGUCAAUGGCCUGAAUAUCCUGAUCUCCAACGAUGAUGGGUUCGGAACUGCUAAUAUUCGGGAGCGCUACAAGGCCAUGAAGGCUUUUGGGCACAAUGUCUAUAUUGUGGCCAGUGUCACAAAUCAAAGUGGAAUGGGUGGAAUAUCAACGUAUACUAAGGACAGGAAUCUCACCAGUGAUAGCGAAUUUGGCAUUGUCAAGAAAGGAGCGAACUCAAUUGGAACCGACCCGAAUGAUAGCCACAUAUGGUAUUUCAAUGGAACGCCUUCUUCAUGUGUCCAGGUAGCCUUAGACUAUGUCCUCCCUCGAUACACAAACCUUACAACCUUCGAUCUCGUCCUGUCUGGUCCCAACUAUGGUUGGAAUCUCGGGCCCUUCCUCUAUACACUCGCAGGUACUCUGGGGGCUACAUACACAGCCGUGGAGCGAGGCAUACCUGCAAUCGGCAUAUCAGGAGGCUAUAGCGUGCAAACACCAUACUACGAUGUAAACACGACGACGAAAGCGGGUUUGAAGGACCCUGCCACAAUUAUGGCACAAUUGAGUGCAAACUUGGCGCAGCAACUGAUCAACAGUAUAGCAGCACAGGGAGGUGGCCCUCUGUUACCACUGGGAUAUGGAAUCAACCUCAACAUACCAUAUAUCACCUCUUUCACCAACGACUCCUGCGUCAAUCCUCCUUUCAUCCAAACUCGAAUGACAGGGGGUGCAGAUGUAGAUUACGCUGCGUUUAACGAGACGACUGGUCUAUUUUCCUACCAGAAUCUGGUCGAGCCGGGUACAAAUCAAUGCAUCAACGGAGACUGCAGUCUCCUGUCUGCUGUUAGUGUCUUUACAGUCGAUUACGAUGCACCUAUCGGCGGUGCUUGCAAGUCUGGUCCGGAUGUCAGGAGUUGGUUGGCGCCUUUGGUGCAGUAUGCAAAUUCGACGAAUUUGGUGGGUGGUUUGAAUGGGACUUCUACGGCGAACGCUACAGUGAGCACAGCACCUGUGCCAAGUGCGAGCAUCAGCGCAAUUGCUUCAAGUGGUGGUUUGAAAAUAUCGGCUUCUGGUGCUGCGUUGAUGAUGGGCUUUGCGGCGAUAAUGCUUAUAUAA